AUUAUGCUUGCUCAGCUUGCUCGCCAGCAGUCGAACAAGUGUCUCAAAUUUGCUGUUGUCAACGGUCUUGCGCUGUGGAGCUCCGGGGCUUCAAGAAAGACUAUAGAGAUGAUGGCUGCUGCUCGACUCUGUAUCUCGUACACAGCAAUCUCAGCUAUGGUCAACUCCCUUGCUGCUCACUGUGUUCGUCUCGCUGCUCUUGUUGCUCUGGGUCCUCACAUGCUGGGCUACGAUAACAUCAAUAUCUCCUUAUCCACGUUUAUCGAGCAGCGCGGCUUGCUUGAUACGCCAUACAAGGUCCAGUCUGGGACGUUUGGGCUUAUCUAUGAGCUUCGAGGAGAUGAUCCUGCCACUCCAAUUAAUCCAGCUCACUUAGACGCUUCUGGACUCAUUAAACGCUUUAUGAUGGCGCCUUCCCUCGACUACAAGCAUGACGUACAGCUCACGGCUGCACAGACAUCAAUACUCAAGGCUGAUCUACAGGCAACAAUCAUUGAGGCAUUAUUUCGCCUUUUCCCUGACAUGUUUGCUGAUGAGCUCAAAAACAACGAUCAGCUGAAGCGCCCUGUUGUUCUCGAGUAUCCUCAUGGUCUCAAAACGGCGUUUUAUGCUACUAGAGCAAGCACCAUCGAGGAGGCAACGCGCGCAGGGAACAGCAAAUAUCUAGAUGAGCUGUACCGACUCGAGUUUGGGAUGACACCGUCUCAGCUUCGCCGGGAAGUCUUUCAGGUAGCGCUUGCUCUCUUCCAUCUAGUCCUCAACUUAAUCUGGGCGGUGCAUGUCAAGCAUCAAGCAACUGUGGCAACAACAGGUAGCCUUAGCUGGUUCUAUGCGCUCCUAGAGAAGUCUCGACUUGCCAAUCCGCACCCGGACUACCAUAGUCUUUUGAUGGCUCUUCGGCAGACCUUGGAUGCUCUUUUGAUUGAUAGCUGGCGGAAGAUUCUCGCACGAAACGGAUACUCUAGUGUCACUGCUUUCGCUAAAUCUAACCCUACUGCAGAGAUUAUGAAAGAACUCGCAGAUCAGCUGCACAACUCAUUUGCAAGCACUGUGCCA